CUCAGCAUCAGCUCCUCCCCCGCCCCCGAUCGGGAAUUCGGGCUCACCGAAGGCGAAUUCGAGCGUUGGUGAUCGAACGAAGGUCACACGUACGCGGCGGCAGGUAGCUUACUGGAGGAUGUCGCCAGAUGAGGCACUUGCGUAUGCGAAGAAGGAGAUCGAGAAUGCGCCUUUAGUAGUUGAUGAUCCUGAUCUUUAUGCUCCGUUGUUCAGAAACGUUUCAGCCUUUAAGAGGAGCUACGAAUUGAUGGAAAGAAUACUUAAAGUUUACAUAUAUCAGGACGGUCAAGCACCAAUUUUCCACACGCCGGAUCUUAAAGGAAUUUAUGCCUCCGAAGGAUGGUUUCUGAAACUGAUGGAGGAAGAUAGGAGGUUCACUGUGAAGGACCCAAGCAAGGCUCACUUGUUUUAUCUGCCGUAUAGCUCUCGCCAGCUGCAACUUGCCAUUUACGUGCCUGGUUCACACAAUUUGAGGCCAUUAUCGCUUUUUUUGAGGGACUACGUGAACGCAAUAGCGGCAAAAUAUCCUUUCUGGAAUCGCACGAGAGGGAGGGAUCAUUUUCUAGUUGCUUGUCAUGAUUGGGGGCCUUACACAACAACAGCUCAUGAGGAACUGUUGAAGAACACUAUAAAAGCUCUCUGCAACGCCGACAGUUCAGAAGGGAUAUUUAUUCGUGGAAGGGAUGUUUCUCUCCCAGAAACAACAAUCAGAACUCCAAACAGACCUCAGAGGUAUGUCGGCAAAAGGCGAGUUUCUCAGCGGCCAUUUCUAGCCUUCUUCGCUGGUAAUGUUCACGGAAGGGUUAGACCAAUCCUUCUCAAGUAUUGGGACGGGAAAGAUGACGACAUGAGAAUCUACGGCCCUCUCCCGAAUAGGGUAUCCCGACAAAUGUCUUAUGUAGAGCAUAUGAAGUCUAGCAAGUUCUGCAUCUGCCCCAUGGGGUACGAAGUGAACAGCCCCAGAAUAGUGGAGGCUAUCUAUUCAGAAUGUGUGCCGGUGAUAAUUGCCGACAACUUUGUGUUACCGUUCGAUGAAGUGUUGAACUGGAGCGCUUUUUCGGUGGUUAUUGCGGAGAAGGAUAUACCCAAUUUGAAGAAUAUACUUUCGGGGAUUUCUCUAAGGCGGUAUCUAGCUAUGCACACCUGCGUGAGCAUGUUGCAGAAGCACUUCUUGUGGCAUGCUAAGCCGCUGAAGUAUGAUCUGUUUCACAUGGUUCUGCAUUCAAUCUGGUUCAAUAGGCUUAAACAAAUUGAAGUCCAGGAGCAAUAACAUCCUCUCUGAUGUUUCAUGCGUCGUGGGUUUUGGUCUUCGACCUUGAUGAGAAGCUUAUUUGGUCAUUAAUUGCAGAAGAUCGAUGACUUUAGUUGAGGCCAAUACUGAUAAAGGGGAACUACUGUUGUGAGGAAAGAUGCCAAGUUACAAUUAUAGUUUGUCUAUAUAUUCCUAUCGAUUUGAUGGUAUAUCUCCAAUGGAUGAUGAGAUUGUGGACUUCAGGUUGGACCCAGCAGUUCUGAACUGCACCAAGGGAGUCCUCAGCAUAUUCAAGUAACUCUACACUUCUACUUUGGCCUCAUAACAGUAUUAUAUUAAGUUUAUACAGAUGUCAUAAAAUAUAUAUAUAUAUAUUUCCUUCAGAAUAAAUAUAUAUAUAUAUUAUAUAUCAUUCUUUUUGUAAGUCUCUCAAUAAAAUUGGAAUUCAUAAGGAAAAAAAAAAGUAAAAAAAGACGGUAAUAAAGAAUUUUAGUAAGGUGAGUAGAUGCUCUCAGACAUCGAAGAAAUUGGAUGCUACGUAUAUAUAUAUAGUUUAUUUUCUGGAUCUACUCAUUGGGAAUGUAUUUUACUAGAUACUCUUUCUUUAUGCAAUACCAUAUUCAAAUGCCAUAUUCAACUCCAUAGUAUGGAGUUAUCUUAUUACACAUUUAUACUGAUUACAUACAUACUCUCUUC